AUGGCGUCCCUCCAACCGCGCCUGACUGAGAUGUCAGCCACCAGGCAAAAGGCAUUCGAGGAUGCCAAAAAGAUGCAAAAGGCCGUCGUCGAGGCAUGCACAAAGUCUGGAAAAGAGAUUCCGCGGUAUCAGCUCUCAGAACUCAUUGGAAAGGGGAGCUUUGGUAGAGUCUACAAGGCAACCUCUCAGACCACGGGCCAGCUCGUUGCCGUCAAAAUCAUCGACAUCGAGGAGAGCGAUACCGUCAACCCCAAGCUUGCUGACACAUACAGCGACCUUCUCAAAGAGAUCAAUGCUUUGCAAUUGCUAAGCGAAAGCGGCGCCAAAAAUGUCAACCAUGUCAUCGAAGCACUACCCGUCGGCCAGUCCAUGUGGAUGAUCACCGAGUACUGCGCCGGAGGCAGCGUCGCAACUUUGAUGCGACCAACCGCUCCAGGUGGAUUACAGGAGAAAUGGAUCAUUCCCAUCUUGCGCGAAGUUGCAGAGGCUCUACGAUGGGUUCACGGCCAAGGCAUCAUUCACCGAGACAUUAAGUGCGCCAACGUUCUUAUCACAGAGGUUGGUGACGUUCAACUCUGUGACUUUGGUGUUGCGGGCGUCAUUGAAACCAAAUUUGACAAACGAAGCACUUUUAUCGGCACUCCACAUUGGAUGGCUCCUGAGCUGUUCGAUCAAUCCACCUCAUACGGCACUGAAGUUGACAUUUGGGCCUUUGGGUCAUUGGUCUAUGAAAUUGCCUCUGGUCUGCCGCCCAACGUAACUGAUAGAAUAGACUUUUCCAGACUGGGUACCCAUUUGAAGCAACAUACGCCGCGUUUGGAGGGAGAUAGAUAUUCGACCGGCUUGAAGGACAUCGCCGCCUAUUGUCUGCAACAUGAGGCUGCCAAACGCCCUACAAUCGAGCAGGUUCAGCGCCACAAAUACAUCUUCAAAACCGAAGACGCUUAUCCCACAUCCUCACUAGCUCACCUGGUUCGGGCAUUCAAGUUAUGGGAGGCUCAAGGAGGAGAUCGCCGCUCGCUGUUCUCUCUCGGCGGCGCGCAGGGUCCGACCGAUCUCUUGUCUACCGCAAUGGACAACGACGAGUGGAACUUCAGCACUACAGCAGCCUUUGAUCAGCAAGUGUUUGACAAGGGGGAUGCUCAGGAUGUCUACGACGUUUAUGGCACAGAUGUCGACUUCAGCCAGCAAGCCUUUGAAGAGACUUCGAAACCUCCAAAGGGCAAGUCAAGACGACGACCACCUCCUCAACUACCAUCUGUCAAGGCCCCUCUAGAGAAGGUGUUUGAUCCUAAUACCAUGUCGAAUUACGAAGACAAUUCAAGGGCAUAUUACGGGCGACCAUUUCCACCCCCGGCGCCAACUCCAGCUUCAGACCUACCACUACGAGACGAGUCAUCUGCUCCGGCAGACGUUCGGGAGUCCCUUAUCGACUUGGAUGCAUCGCUGCAUGGGGGUGAUAUCUCUCAGUUCGUUGAUUUAGGAACCAUUAGAGCUGGUGAUUCUCGUGCCUCCAUAGAUUACGACCUCGGCGACACGCCAUACCCAAGGCCACCGCUGAGUGAUCCGGCGGACUUGAACAACAAUCGACGUACGCAAGACUGGAAAUUUCCCACCAUGCCGCCCCCUGCGUCAGCGAAUCCAGAAAUGUUUCGAUUCCCUCUUACCAACGACCCCUCGGCCCCCAACUCGGCGAGACCACCACUGGUGCAUCAUCCAACGGAACCUUAUCAAGCAUCCAUGGCAUUCAGCGAACUUGCUCCGUCGAGCUCGGGCACCAUGGAUAAUCGUGCCUCCGUUGGGAGCCUAAUCGAUCUCGACAUGAGUUUCGCAGACUCUGGGACAGAUUAUACCCGACCGUCGACUUCUCAUUCAGACGUUGGUUCCAUAAGCGGCUCAGAAAUGGGCGGCGCAAACCCAUUCGAACUUGAAAAACACGCAUCGUUAUAUGUCAUGCCCAAUUCCGUCCGAGAGCCUUCCAUCUAUGUGUCUGACGAAUCUGAUUUUGCCCACACUCUGGCCGAAUACCCCGAGCAACAGUCAGACAAUGAGCAAUCGCAGCGAGAUGAUCAAGACUCCCAGCAAAGUUACCCGCCCUCGCGACCAUACUCUCUCAGCGAAUUCGCAGACAUGGAUCCCGAAGAUAUGACUCCUCAACAAACAGUAGGGCCCAGCGUUUCAACCUUCCCCUCUACCUUUCAAGACCCUCCCGCGGAACCUACGCUCAACCAGCCUCCCGAGCCAUACCAAACGCCUCAGGAUACGGCCUUACCACUCUUGCCUGUUGCUCCUUCGCCGCAUGUCAUGCAAGGCCGGGCAUCAGCAGACGAUGUCAAGAAUGAACUACGCCGACUAGCAAUAAGCUUGGGAGAUCAUCUGAACCACGCAAAUGCCUACCUGAACAGCCUACCCGUGCGACGGGGGAGCAUAACACGAUUAGAACCAGUCAGUGACGGAAGCUGA